AUGAUGGAAAAUAAAGAUCAUUUGCAGUCUGUUAAGGAAGGUGAUGGCUCUGGGAAGGCCCAAGAUGCUUUCUGGCUCCAGUCGCUUAUUACUGAUGCCUUCCACGGUGAAGGAUUUCAGAAAAUACAAGAGUAUCUUCAACAGAAAGAAAGCCACUUCCCUCAAAAAUAUGAUCAUCUCCUAUUACACCGUCUUGACAGAGCAGUAAAUAAGGAACUGGAUAAAAAGGAAUUUCAGUGUGUGUCACUGUUGUUGAAAUGUAUGCAGCGAUUCUUCAAAGACAGCCUCAGAGAAGAUGAGCCCUUGCUGAUUCAGCAGGGACUGAUCUCGAAGAUGACUUCCUGGUUUGAAAGGACGACAGGCUUUCUGAGCACUGAAGCCCUAGCCUCAGGUACAGCGCUGAUGGACCUCAUAGAGGACUUCCUGGACUCCGCACUGAUUAUUUCCAGCAGUAGUACUAAAGGAAAAAUUCAGAUGUUGGAUUCCUUCAUACUUAGCUUAGGAUUCCUGGUGACAGAGAUGACUGUAAAGCACUUGAUUCAACAGGAGGCUCUGAGGACUUUGAACAGCAUUUUGCAUGGAGUACCUCGGGAAGAGAGGAAAAAGCUCGUUUUGGCGGAAGGCGUGUGUCAUCUUAUGAAAGACUUUGCAAGGACAAUCUUGACCGUGGGUGAUUAUGACCAGCAGGUUACUCUUUCUGAGGCACUGUGUAGAAUGACAACGAGAACAUCAAGGGAUGACCUUGUCCACCAGUGGUUUGAUGAUGAUGUCCUUGCUGAAGGCUUCAAAGAAAUUAAGGAUCGAGAAUUUGAGACGGACAGUCGGAGGUUUCUCAAUCACCUAAAUGACAGACUUGGUGACCAAAGAAGGGUCUUUUCAUUUCCAUGUGUUGCUGCUUUCGCUGAUGGGCGUGAGAUGAGAAAACCAGCAGAUGAAAAAUUAGAGAAAUUUUGGAUUGAUUUCAACCUAGGGAGUCAGAGUGUGACUUUUUAUAUAGACAGUGCUGAGAGUGCUCUGUGGGAGCCAGUCAGACUUGUGAAGGAAGCCAUAGUUAACUUCAGCAUUAUAGAAAAUGAGCAAGUGAAGAUACUCAUCAUUUACCUGAAGGAGCCUCUUGUUAUCAGUAAGAAAGAAGCGAUGAAAGUAGAGAUCCAUUUUGACCUGCAAGUCCACAUCUCCCAAGCUUCUGCUCAAGCUUUAGGAGAAGACAAACAGGUGUUGCCUGGUCAGAUGAAAAUCUCCUCGGAAGGCUUUAGUAAGUUUAAGAAAGAAGACAGUGAGAUUCCUAGUAGCCCUGAAAGACAAACAGAGCAGGCAGAAAAAUCCACUGAACUGGCGGAGUCCGUUGGCGCUGGAGAGGACCGCUGUGUGAUUACUCUCCUCUCAGACGCUCAGCCCGCGCCCGCUCAAAAAGAUACAGCUGAUGGUUCAUCUGAAAAAUUGAAAGUGGAUGAUAUGCAACAAGAAGUUACUCCAAAACAUGCACAUUCUUCAGAUAUACAAGAACCAUCAGUUGAAAUUCAGACUCCCAAAUCAGAUGACAAAUUUAGGGAAGAUUCUGCUUUUGAGGAUGAUACAAAGCAAGAAAGAGAGGUACCGGGCAGAAAGAAGAAAAGGACGUCGUUUAAUUACAGGAAGCAUCUCUUUUCUGAGAGGGAGCAUGAUUCAAGUUCCAGUACAAGUGAACAACCCUGGACCAGUGACCAAAAAAGGAAAUCCUUAAAACCAUACUCCGGCAAGAGAAAGCCGAGAGUGAGAAGUAGUAUGAAAAUCUUGCCAUCUUUCCCUCAUAGCAGUGGCAGUGAACGUGAGAAAGACCACGCUAAACUUCUAACACCAGUAUGGAAAGACAAGUCCAGACAAAACAAUGCCACACCUUCAGAAACGUCUGAGAAAAACCUCCAGGGUAGUUCUGCCUUUUUAAGUCCUGAAGAUUCUGUGCAGAAAACUGAACUUGAAAGUCCCCACCCACUGAGUGAUCUCUCUUCCUCAGAGUACGCAGAAGUUCAAGAGAAAGUGUCUCAGAUUAUCAACCAAGAGUCAUUAAUGGAAAGUACAGGUUUCAAACAUAAGCUGGAAAACUUGGAAGACAAAGAUGCACUGGAAGGGAGUCUUGCUAAGCCCAAACAAUCAAGAUUGGAAGAUGGUGAUGUCCCAGCAUCCCCCGGCUUGAGCGCACCGCCAUCUGUGCAGAGGUGGACCAAGCGCCGCUACUUUGAGCAUUUUAAAAUUUUAUUUCCUAUUUUAUUUUUGUUGUUUGACGUUUCUACCCCAUACCUAGACGAUGUGCCAGAGAGCUUAGAUGUUUCUGCUGUUAUCACAGCCUUGGAAAACUUCGCUGGAGAACUGAAAAGAAAAUAUGAGCUUAGGUAUGAAAAGAGUGCAAUUUAUUCAAACAAAGCAAAGAAAGCACCAGACUGUCUACUGAAACUUUUAAACCAGAUACACCUGCAAAGACUGAACAAAUUAGAGGACUUCCACAAGUUUGUUCUUCAAAAGUUGAGCAACCUGGAGAAAGAUAUUCAGGCUCUGAAACACCUGGAGAAGGAAGUGCUGGAAUUUUGGGAAAAACAGUCUGAUGAUCUGAAAUCAUUCUGUGAUCUGCAAGUGCUGAGGCUUAACCCAAUUCAGCCUUCCUAAGGAGAGUCAAAGCUUGGUUUUGCUACUGCAUCCCUCAGUCUGAAUCACGAGAAGAGGACAAUAAGGAUGGAGUUCCCAUUGGCUUGGGCUGCACGAGCCCUACUGUGAGACUGGUGCUCAUUCAGUUCUUUUCACUCACCAAUUUAGAGAAAAUUUCUUUAAACAGUCCCUGGGAACUGCUGAGUUGAAGUCGAAUAGAAUAUGUUGGUAGUUUGUCAUGGUGUUAUUAUCCAUUUUUUUCACAAAAAUUAAAAUAGGUAUUAAAAUUUGGGCAGAUAAGAGGAAGGUCAAGAUGUUCAUCAACUUCAAGUGAUGUUGCUUUUUCUCAUGAUUUUAUACAGUGACAUUGAUUUUUGAGAAAUGUCUUUGAGUUCUGUGGAGCCGGAAACUUUAGCAGCAUCAGCAUAAAUACAAUUUUGUAUAUCUCUUUAAAGGAGAAACUUAAUUUGAAAAUGAUGAAAAUAGCUCAGAUAAAAAUGGUGGCGUAUUUGGAGAAUAAAUGUAUUAGAUUCACUUGAGCUGCAGAUAUUUCAGAGUUUCUGCAGCACUUUAACAAAAUUACCAUCUUUAGCAGAGGAGAAAUAUUCAUCAUGUGAUGAUCACUACGUGCUCUCAUGACCUCUGAGUGCAUGAAACUGCACAUACAGUUGAGUGUUUGAAUUUAUUUUACAAAAAGAAAUCUACAUAAUGUAAUAAGAGCAACUUUGUUGUGAUUGGAUAGGUAAAGAUGAUAGACUGCAGAGUUUAUUCAUUAUGUUUUAUAAUUUAGUAAGUUAUGUUUAGCAUAUUGUAGUUUCAUUUGUCUAAAAAUGUUUACAACCCCAA